AUGGAUGGGCAUGGGGCAGUGGCGAAGGUCGCGGCGAACAAAUCCCAGGGUACAGUUCACUUUCUUGCAUAUGUUGUUGAUAUGGGUUUUCCAUUUAAGAUCUUCAUAGAUGGUGAUUCCAUGGUCGGGGCCACUCUCACCCUUAGAUCCAGUCUCACCCUAAGGGCCACUCUCACCCUAGGACCCACUCUCACCAUAAGACCCACUUUGACCAUAAGACCGACACUCACCAUCAGACCCACUCUCACAAUUAGACCUUCUCUCACCCUUAGACCUACUUUCACCCUUAGAUUUUCUCUCACCAUUAGAUCCACUCUCACCCUUAGACACACUCUCACCAUUAGAUCCACUCUCACACUUAGACCCACUCUCGACAUAAGACCCACUCUCACCCUUAGAUCCACUCUCACCAUCAGAUCCACUCUCACCAUCAAACCCAUUCUCACCCUUAGAACCACUCUCUCCCUUAGACACACUCUCACCCUUAGAUCCACUCUCACCCUUAGACCCACUCUCACCAUAAAACCCACUCUCACCAUAAGACCCACCCUAACUCUUAGACCCACUCUCACCCUUAGACCCACUCUCACCCUAAGAUCCACUCUCACCCUUAGAUCCACUCUCACCAUCAGACCCACUCUCACCAUCAAACCCAUUCUCACCCUUAGAACCACUCUCUCCCUUAGACACACUCUCACCCUUAGAUCCACUCUCACCCUUAGAUCCAUUCUCACCUUUAGAACCACUCUCACCAUAAAACCCACUCUCACCAUAAGACCCACCCUCACCGUUAGACCCACUCUCACCCUUAGACCCACUCUCAACAUAAGACCCACUCUCACCAUAAGACCCACUCUCACCCUUGUCCCAAUCUCUCCCUUAGACACACUCUCACCCUUAGAUCCACUAGAUCCACUCUCACACUUAGACCCACUCUCGACAUAA